UAUUGGCUAUAAGUAACCAUUGCACCUAUAAUUAUCUCUCAUCUCACAAAGAUUAGUGCGACUGUGUGUGAGAGAGAGAGUUAAUUAUGAUGGGAUCAGUAGAUUUAGAGUCUGAAACAUUGCUAAGAGGCCAAAAGGAAAUAUGGCAGCUCUUGUUUGGGUUUGCGGACUCUAUGGUAUUGAAAGCUGCUGUUGAGCUUGGCAUUCCUGACAUUAUACACUCUCAUGCCCGUCCAAUCUCAUUGUCCCAAAUAGCUUCAGGUAUUGACUCAUCUAGUCCUGACAUAGCCUGUCUUGAACGUAUCAUGAGAUAUCUAGUACGUAAAGACAUCUUCACAGCCCAUCAUGAUCUUCCAUCAGAAGAAUCAGACGGUGGUGGAGAGAUUCUGUAUGGACUGACCCGCAAAUCAAGAUGGCUGUUACGUGACACCGAGUUAACCCUUAAUCCAAUGGUGAUAAUGGAAAACCAUCCAUGGCAGCAAAAACCUUGGCAUUACUUAAGCCAAUGCGUAAAAGAAGGUGGGAUUGCUUUUAAAAAAGCUCAUGGCUGUGAAAUGUGGGAUUUUGCAUCUAAAAAUCCUGAAUUCAAUAGGGUUUUCAACGAGGGGUUGGCUUGCACAGCAAAAAUAGUGAUGAGAGCGGUCUUAUCAGGAUAUAAAGAUGGGUUUGAAGGUAUUAGAACAUUGGUGGAUGUAGGAGGAGGCACUGGAGGUAAUUUGGCUGAGAUUGUUAAAGUCUAUCCACAUAUUAAAGGUAUAAACUUUGAUUUACCACAUGUAGUGGCUACUGCUACUGCUUUUGAUGGUGUCUCUCAUGUUGGUGGCAACAUGUUUGAACAAAUUCCUGUUGCUGAUGUUGUUUUCAUGAAGUGGAUAUUGCAUGACUGGGGUGAUGAAUAUUGUGCGAAGAUUUUGAGGAACUGCAGAAAAGCAAUAAGUGAGAAAAAUGGAAAGCUGGUGUUAGUGGAAAUAAUUGUAAAAGAAGAUGGAAACAAGAAUGAAUUUGGAGAUAUGGGAAUGGUAUUUGAUCUCCUUAUGCUGGCACACACCACAGGAGGCAAAGAGAGAACUGAAAUUCAAUGGAAGAAAUUAUUGGAGGAAGGAGGUUUCCCUCGCUAUAACAUCAUCAAUAUUCCAGCUUUACCCUCUAUAAUUGAAGCCUUUCCACUCUAAUUUUCUUUCUUUUUUUAUUAUUAAUUGUAUGCCUAAUAUUGAUGGUUUGGUUUGUUUCCUCCUUUUUUUUUUGCUUUUAUUUGAAUUUCCGAUACUAUUUUUUCGGGUUUUUUCACUUAGCAUUUCGAGUUCCAAGCAUUAUGCUAAGUUUUUACUGGCUUUCUUUCUAUAAUAUAUUUCUAUUUUCUAAAUAAAAAAUAAAAAUAAAAGUAUGU